GAUGAUAACAAACCACGUUAAUCGUAACCCGGCCUGAACUCGUAGAUCAAACCCUAACUUCAAUACCACUCAGAAAUUGAUCUUUCAGACGCGGAAAGUCUACAUUCUCUUUAAAUAAUUCGAUCUUCUCGUCUCCUUUAGUGUUUCUUAUUGUAACCCUAGCCCUAAUUACGCGAUGCUUCUCUCUCCUGGCCAUUCACCCCGUCAUCUCUCAUCACCUUCACCGUCGUUGCCAGCGACACCGUCUUCUUCUUUUCCAGAAAAUUCCGUAUCGAAAUCUAAUGAUGGAUCUUCAGUUACACCCACAAAUCCUAGAAAGAAGGCGACGGUGCUGGAUGAGGACACGUACGUGGCGGCAAUCGAGAAGAUUAUCGAGCGCGACUUCUUCCCUGACAUAUCGAAGCUCAGAGACCGGCUCGACUGGCUAGAGGCUGUGAAAACGGGAGAUCCGAUGCAGAUUCGGGAUGCGCAGUUGAAGAUCAUGGAGCGUCGGGGCGAGAAGGUAAAAAAUCUUAACCCAGGGGGUCGAACCCAAUCACGAACCCCUGGUUCUACUUUUAUGAGAAAUUUCACCCCUUUUGAUGAAUUCGGUAAAACCCCAACAACCCCGGGUGUUCAGAACCGUGAAACAUCUGGUGGUGUAGAUUCUGGUGGCGGUAUUGAUGGUGUAAAGACUUCAUUGUCGCUUGAUGAGUUCUUUAGGAGAUACACGAGUGAAGAUAACGAUAGUUUUUCGAAAAUUAUAGAGAAGGUGAAUAGGAAGAGGAAGGAGAGAUAUGAGUAUCUAACGGAGGGUGAAAAGGAGGAUGUUAAAUUGAUUGAAGAUGUAAAGAGGGAUCGAAUUACUGAUGGCUAUGGUACGUCAUAUCAGCCUCCUAGUACUUUGGAAGGGUGGAAUUACACAGCAAAGAACCUGUUGAUGUACCAUCCAGCUGAUCUGGGUGAGGCCCCAUUGACUGAGGGGGAGCGUGCUGUAAGAUUGAAAGGUUUAACCAAAGAAAUCAAUCGAUCAAGUACACGUUUUCAUGGUAAAAUUCUAGACACUGGGCCUAAAGAUGAUGGCACAGCUGAAGUGCUUUAUAACCCAGUUGCUGGUGGAACUCCCUUUCCUGUAGACAGAUAUGGGGAUAAGGGUAAGAAGUAUGAUUUGGAUGAUUUGAGGAAGACACCCAACAAAUUUUAUGUGGAAUCGGGGAAGAAAGGAGAAAAUGGGUAUAGUUUUGUUAGAACACCAUCUCCCGCCCCUGGUGUUGAUGAAUCCCCAUUUAUUACUUGGGGAGAAAUUGAAGGUACGCCAUUGAGGUUGGAUCCUGAGGAUACACCAAUUGAUAUUGGUGGUAGUGGUGAUGGACCACAUUUUAAAAUUCCAAAUCCACCUGUAAGAGAUGUGAAGGCUCAUUCCCUGUCAAGGGAGGCUGCACGAAAGUUGAGGGAAAGGUCAAAAAUGUUUCAGAAACCACCAUUGCCCUCACCUCUAAGAGGGGGGAGUGCUAGUCCAAGUGCACGGACUUUUUCUCCUGCUGCCCAGAAGUUUAUGAGAAAUGCGAUUGCGAAAUCAUCAUCUUCUAUUGAUGAAACUCUUCGUGCCAGUUACCGAGGUGCAAGUCCUGGCUCCGCUACCCCAAAGAGUUUGAGGAGUUUGUCAAGGUUUGGGAGGGAUGGAAGUAUCGAUUCCAGGUCACCAUCUGUUAGAGAGGGUUCUAACCCUUGCUAAAAUAAAUUUCUGUUAUGAUUCUCUGUAUAAUUAGACCAUGGUUUUGUAUUUCGUAUGUUGGCACUCAAUAAAACCUGUUUUUAUGCGAGGAUACAUGUUUAUUUUUCUGUUGUCCAUUCAAAAAAAAAGAAGACUUUUCUGUUUUCA